AUGGAUUCAAUCGCCACAGAGCUUGCGGAGACCAUCCAGGUCGCAUCCAUCAACAGACACCCAGACCCUCGUCGCGAUCACGCCCCAGCAACUGCCGCCGACGAAAGAGAACCUGUCGUCCUGGGAAGCACCAAGCAUGGAUACGAUGGUUUAGAUGAGGAGGAAGAUGAGGUGGAGGACAUCCCAUAUAGUGUGCUGCGGCCGAUUCCGAGAUCCCACGAGUUGCCACCUCUUCCCGAUCUUCGCUUCGAACAGAGCUAUCUCCGCAGCAUUUCCUCCGCGGAUACAUGGUGGAAAGUGGCAGCAAUCACUACAAGGGAUCAAUACAAGGCUUGCUCUACAAUCUCUUUCUCUGCGGCUGGCAACAGUGGAACCGGAAUGCGAGGUAUCACGGCAAUGGUGUUGGUGCCCGUAUAA